AGACUAUAUCUCACCUAUAAAGGCGGUCAUCUGAAGGAUUCUCACUUUCAUUUCUGGUUCAUGCUCCCGAAAUCGUGCCUCUAUUCCAUCCAAUCUCCCGUUCUUCACACAAGUCAAGAUGGAAGAUCCAGAUACCAAGCCUAUCGCUUCCGGCUCACUUGCUCCAGUACUCACCGAUGAUGCUGGCCCUUAUAAAGGCAACGUGCUCGCAAUUGAGCAGACCCGUGGUAUUACAAUUGCAGAACAUGAGACCACAUUCUGGGAGGCUGUCCGCCAAUGGCCGAAGGCUGUAGGAUGGGCAACGCUUUUCUGUGUCGCUGUCGUCAUGGCUGGAUUUGAUGCGCAGAUAAUCACUACGUUCUUCGCGCUACCUGCUUUUCAGCGGCGAUUCGGUUAUAAAUACAACGAUACUUAUAUCAUUUCGGCUCCAUGGCAGAUGGCCUUGAACAUGGGAAACCCCAUUGGCCAAGUGCUUGGAGCGCUUGCCUGCGGUUGGCCUUUGGAAAAACUGGGACGCCGGUUGACGCUGGCUAUAUGCUGUGUAUGGUCUAUAGCCUUCGUCUUUGUGCAGUUUUUCUCAACUAGUAUCGGCAUGCUAUGCGCUGGAGAAAUCCUUGGAGGCCUUGCAUACGGAUUUUAUGUCGUCAUUGCUCCCACAUAUGCCUCCGAGAUCUGCCCUCUUGCUCUCCGUGGAGUCCUAACAGCAUCAGUCAAUCUUGCCUUCGUCAUCGGCCAGUUCAUUGCACAGGGGGUUGCAGCCGGCCUUGAGAGCCGAUCGGACGAAUGGGCCUACAAAGCACCCUUUGCCAUUCAAUGGGUAUGGCCUGCGGUGCUGCUCGCCGGUCUCGCGUUUGCCCCUGAAAGUCCAUACUGGCUAGUGCGCAAGAAUAGGAUGGAAGACGCUCGCAAAUCACUGGUUAGACUCUCGUCCGCAAAGAAUUGUCCGGAUAUCGAGGGAAUGCUGGUCAUGAUUGAGCAAACCGAUCUACUAGAGCGGGAAAUUGAAGCCACGACAACCUACUGGGACUGUUUCAAGAAAGCUAAUCUUUUCCGGACUGAAAUAUCUGUUAUGGUAUAUCUCAUUCAGGUCAUCGGUGGUAAUCCGCUGAUUGCAUAUGCUACCUUUUUCUUUGAAACGGCAGGCUUGGAUGUCUCGGAAUCGUUUAAUAUGGGCGUCGGUAAUACCGCCCUCGGAUUUGUAGGAACAUGUCUAUCAUGGCCAUUGAUGCUACGGUUCGGUCGCCGUACCAUUUACAACAGCGGCAUGAUUCUCAUGACAAUCAUCCUCUUCGUUAUCGGCUUUCUAGAUUUUGGCCGCAACGAUUCCGGCGUUGUCUGGGCCCAAGCCACUCUAAUGGACAUAUGGACCUUCAUCUAUCAGACUACAGUCGGCCCGAUUUGCUUCGUCAUCAUAUCAGAAAUCUCAGCUACCCGUCUUCGCGGUCGUACUAUCGCCAUAGCGACUGCAGUUCAAGCUGCCGCCAACAUUGUCUUCACUGUUAUCUUGCCGUAUAUGCUCAACUCCGACGAAGGGGAUUGGCGUGGGAAAGCUGGCUUUCUUUUCGGCGCCAUUAGUUUGGUUUGUUACGUAUGGUGUUUUUUCAGGUUGCCGGAAUCGAAAAACAGGACAUUUGAAGAGUUGGAUAUCCUCUUUGAGCGAAAGGUUCCACCACGCGAAUUCAAGAAUUACGACCUGUUGGCGAGUGAUGAAGAAAACGGUGUGUGAGGUCGGAUCAUUAGGUUAUUCUACAGCUAGUGGACUCCUUGUGCGCGAUAUCCAGAUUGCAGAUUGAUCUUUGAAAUUGUCAUGACGUGAUGUUGAAAUACGAACAGCAACCUGAUAUGAGUUGACUGAGCUUAAAAACAACACUAGAGAACACUCGAUAGAUCCCAU